AUGCUGCGCCGCUUGGUGACAUCGUCGUGGCGACGUGCGCUACCCACAUCCGCAGUCCGGGCGGUACCUAUUAUCUGCACUGGGACAGCAUCGCAUCGCUUUAUCGCCACCGGCGCGGCGCCGGGAUCCGCCAACGCUGAUCGAGAGUUCAACGACGGUGAUUCUUCUAGUUCACGGCGCCGCCCUCCCCUGCCUCCGCUGCCGCCGGCCUUCGACAUUGUGCACUGGAAUGAUGUUGAUAUCACGGCAGGCCACCUCAUCCGAGUGAUCUAUCGCGAUAGCUACAUCGUGUUGGAAUACCACCGACAGACACGAAGGAUCAUGGACGACGACGGGCACCGCAUCGAAAACGAGGGGAGGAGUAAUGCGGAGCGCGUUGUUUCUCUGACCCUUCCCCCAGUGUAUAUCGCACGGUUUCUGGGGGUUCUAGAGGGUCGUAUGCCGGAAGUCGAGGUCCAAUCGCGCUUCACAAACGCUUCCUUUAAGCCCGACCCCUCAACGGCGAAGGAACACCACUACAUCCUGCGCUGCGUUUCGCAUCGGCCAACAACUGGCCCACGCCAGACCGCGGAGAGCGCUGACGCCAUGGGGGAGUCCAUUGAGUGGCAGGUGCGUCUGGAUGCAGCUGAAUCUCUCAUGUUGCACCGCUUUCUCACACAAGCACUCAAGUACAACUCUGGAUUUGGUCGACAGAAGUGA